CAAGAUGAAGCGAGCUGCGUGAAGAAAAAAAAAUUUCUUCCAUUUGUCUACUCAGCUGCGAACUGUCGCAACGCGUUAAGAACAGUUCGAUCCCGGCCAUCCAAAUGAAAAAAGCACGGCCAAGAUGAUUUCGACUGCACCGUUGAUUUUCAUCGAUGUUUAGAACAGUUUUCGUAUGAACCCUAACUCUGGUCGUGCGCAUGAAUCAUCAGCCACCAAACACAUCUCUUCCACCCCCCUUUCCCCUAAAAUAUCGCGUUAUGGAACUGGAUUAAUGGCCAUCCCCACCUAAGAAAUGCUUACACAGACUAUAUAGGCUAUUAGGUGGGCAAAUUCAACUUCCUUUGGGAGGGUGGUUGUGCUAUUGUCAAUGGGUGCUCCAAAGCAGAAAUGGACAUCCGAGGAGGAAUCAGCUCUCAAAGCUGGAGUUGUUAAGCAUGGAGCUGGGAAAUGGCGCACAAUAUUAAAAGAUCCAGAAUUUAGUAGUGUUUUGUCUUUGCGAUCAAAUGUUGACCUCAAGGAUAAAUGGCGAAACAUGAGUGUCACAGCAAAUGGUUGGGGUUCUAGAGAGAAGGCUAGGAUGGCCUUGAGAAAGAGCCGACAGGUUCCUAAACAAGAAGAGGCCCCUUUGGACCUAACCGCGGUUGAUGAUCACAAUGAUGAGCUUGUUGAUGUUAAACCUCUUGCUGUAGCAAGCCCGCUUCCACUUCUUACUGCUCCAAGAAAAUUGGUAUCAAAGAUAGACAGUCUCAUAUUUGAAGCCAUAUCUAAUUUGAAGGAGCCCAGUGGGUCCAAUAAAACUGCCAUCACCAUGUAUAUAGAGGAUCAGUACUCUGCUCCGCCAAAUUUAAAAAAAUUGUUAUCUAUUAAACUCAAGGCUUUGACUGCAAAUGGGAAAUUAUCCAAGGUGAAACGCAGAUAUCGAAUACCUCAAAGUUUACCGCAAUCAGAACAUAGAAGAACCAAAUCGAAGCUCUUUCUUCCAGAGGGAAGACAAAAAGAACCACCUAGAGUAGAUAAGAAGGACAUAAAAGCACUCACAAAACCUCAGAUUGAUGCUGAAUUAGCUAGAAUGAGAAACAUGACCGCAGAGGAAGCAGCUCUUGCUGCUGCUCAAGCAGUUGCUGAAGCUGAAGAAGCCAUGGCUGAAGCUGAAGAAGCAGCGAGAGAAGCCGAGGCUGCCGAAGCUGAUGCCGAAGCAGCUGAGGCUUUUGCCGAAGCCGCAUUGAAGACUCUCAAGAAAAGAGCUAAAUCGAAUUUUCAAUUUUGAUGGGGGGCUUCUUUGUGCUGUAUUUGAUGUUCUGCUUGCAAGCCGAGCAGCCUGUAUUAUGUUCAUAUAUAGAUGCAGUAGUACUAGGUGUUGUAAAUCUCUCACAUAAUGACAGCUUCUUGUUAUAUAACUUUUUCAUAAUCAAUUUGUACUUCAGUUUUCAUACA